AUGGCGCCAGGCACGGAUUAUUAUGCCGCUCUCCAAAUACCGCCUACUGCAUCGCAGCAGCAGAUUCGAGAUGCGUAUAAAAAAGCUGCGCUCCGAACCCACCCUGAUCGCGUCCCGUCAGACUCACCAGAACGCCCUGAACGCACCCGUAAAUUCCAACUCAUAAACGACGCAUACUACACUCUUUCAGACCCAUCAAGACGCAGAGAUUAUGAUGCCGCACGCAGAACGCAUGGUUUUGGCUCAGGCGCCUCGACAGCGUCUACCGCAUUCGAUUCAGACGAGGAUAUCCCAGAUCCAGGAGCUUCUGUCCCAGGCGGAUUCCCAUGGUCCUCAUUCGGCUUUUCGUCAAAAGCAAAGAGUAAGGAGGAGGAGCAGAAAUUUGAGAGCGAACAAUUUGGAGAUGUUUUCGAGGAGAUGCUGAGGGAGGAAGGUAUGGCCGAGAAUGGUGGAACUCCAACUGGACUGUUCUGGAGUAUGGUCGGUGGACUGAGCGGUGGUGCUAUGGGAUUUAUCGUCGCCAAUUUCCCGGGUAUGUUGGCUGGUGCUGUAGCAGGUAACCGGUUGGGUGCUGUGAGGGAUGCGAAGGGAAAGAGUGUUUACUCAGUCUUCCAAGAACUUCCACAGUCGGAUAAGGCAAGAUUGUUGAGUCAACUUGCCCAGAAAGUUUUCAGCCAUGCCGUUGGUAGUUAG